AAAUUUUACAAACACAUUUGUUUUGUUCUGCGUUCAGGCGGAAGCGAAAACAGUUCUGUGGAAAAUCUCUCUGUAAAUAAGCACUAUGUAGAAGAACAAAGGUCCGGCUUACAGGUCUUUUGUGAGUGUAUAUUAACAGCAUGGAUAAGUCGGUAAUCGCCGGUGGAAUUCUGUGUUUCAUCGCCGAUGUUUUCGCCAUCGCUUCCAUCGCUACCCCUGAGUGGAUCGUGAAUCAGUUCGCGGCAGGGUCUAUGCGUCUUGGUCUUACCAUGACCUGUCAUCAGCCCCUCACUCAGCCAGAAGUGUGUGCCAGUACUGAGCAGCCAAGCGAAUGGCUCGUCACGACAGGAUUAAUUAAUAUCGGCAUUGUGCUCCUCUCCAUGGCUUGGCUAUUCCUUCUCUUCUCUGCACGCCAGAGGCAUUUGGUGAAGUUCGGGAGGUGGUUCAUCUUUACUGCAUUAAUUUUGUUCAAUCUGGCUGCCCUGGUGUUCCCGUUGGGUUUUCACAUGCCAGAGAUUGGAGGAAUGCCCUUCAAGCUGCCAAAUGGGACCAAUGUUGGACAUUCAUUCAUACUGUUUGUGUUCUCUAUCAUUUUGACAGUUACAUCAGAGAUGUUUCUUUUUAAAGUGUGCCCCCUUUUCAUCAGAUAGAAUAUGUUUAUGGGUCACAAAGCUAUUCUAGUUUUAGACUGAAGACAAUAGGACCCUAGUGCUGUGCAUGUACAUGCCCAGGAAUCACUGAGAGGGAGAUGCAGUCAUAGGUGCUAUCACCCUUCGGGACCCAGGGUGUCGCGGAGAUCAGGGACAGAAAGCGUGCUCUUUCUUUUGUCUUUGCCAGUACAUAUGGUUCCGGUCUCCACGUCACCCGGGGUCCCCGAGGAUGUGUCGUGUAAAAUGGAUAGUAUUUCAUGAUUCUUCAAUAAGAAAUAACUCACUUUUUGUCAGCCUGGGGGGGGGGGGGAGGGCUGCUUGUGUGCACCCUGGGUACCCCCCUGUGUAGGCACAUGGUGUGCGUGUUAGUAAUCAGUUACUAACAAACAUGGCUGCCAUUCAUGUGGGCCUGUGGGUCAUGAAUAGGGGACUGGGCCCAAACAUGGCUGCUAUGCAUGUGGACCUGUGGGUCAUGAAUGGGGGACUGGGCCCAAACCUGGCUGCCAUGCAUGUGGGUGGGCCUGUGGCUCAUGAAUGGGGGCUGGGCCCAAACCUGGCUGCCAUGCAUGUGGGUGGGCCUGUGGCUCAUGAAUGGGGGACUGGGCCCAAACCUGGCUGCCAUGCAUGUGGGUGGGCCUGUGGCUCUUGAAUGGGGGACUGGGCCCAAACCUGGCUGCCAUGCAUGUGAGUGGGCCUGUGGCUCAUGAAUGGGGGACUGGGCCCAAACCUGGCUGCCAUGCAUGUGGGUGGGCCUGUGGCUCUUGAAUGGGGGACUGGGCCCAAACCUGGCUGCCAUGCAUGUGAGUGGGCCUGUGGCUCAUGAAUGGGGGAAUGGGCCCAAACCUGGCUGCCAUGCAUGUGAGUGCGUGGGCCUGUGGCUCAUGAAUGGGGGACUGGGCCCAAACCUGGCUGCCAUGCAUGUGGGUGGGCCUGUGGCUCUUGAAUGGGGGACUGGGCCCAAACCUGGCUGCCAUGCAUGUGAGUGGGCAUGUGGCUCAUGAAUGGGGGACUGGGCCCAAACCUGGCUGCCAUGCAUGUGAGUGGGCCUGUGGCUCAUGAAUGAGGGACUGGGCCCUCACAGCCAAGUGCUAGAUAUGCUCAAGGGUCUUUGCAUGCAUACUAAGGGAGGGAGGGGGAGGGGAAGUCAGAAAACUUUCACCUGUGGCUAUAGGUAUUAUAUGUUUUUAAUUUAUUUAUCACAAAAGAACACAGAAUGAUGGGAUACAUGAAAUCCUGGCAAGCCCAAUUUCUUUCUUGCACUCCCCUAUAGAUUUGUUUUGUAUUUCAGACAAAAAAAAACAUUGCAUUUAUUUUUAUAUGGUAGGAAAAAUAUGAUAAAUGUUAUAUAAACAUUUAAUAGCAUCUAUAUACUUACAGAAUCAUGCAUUGUUAACAAAUGUUUAUAGUGAUAAGGUUUAUUUAUUUACUUACUUACUUAUAUAUUUAUUUAUUUAUUUUUAUUUUAUUUUUUCUCUCUCUCUUUAUGUAGUAUAUGUAUAUCAGAAUGACAGAGACGUGCUAUGUAGCAAAUGUCCCCUAGGUAUAUGUGUAUCAGAAUGACAGACAUAUGCUAUGUAUAUCAGAAUGACAGACACGCGCUAUGUAGCAAAUGUCUCCUAGGUAUAUGUAUAUCAGAAUGACAGACAUGUGCUAUGUAGCAUUUGUCUCCUAGGUAUAUGUAUAUCAGAAUGACAGACACGUGCUAUGUAGCAAAUGUCCCCUAGGUAUAUGUAUAUCAGAAUGACAGACACGUGCUAUGUAGCAAAUGUCCCCUAGGUAUAUGUAUAUCAGAAUGACAGACACGCGCUAUGUAGCAAAUGUCUCCUAGGUAUAUGUAUAUCAGAAUGACAGACAUGUGCUAUGUAGCAAAUGUCUCCUAGGUAUAUGUAUAUCAGAAUGACAGACACGUGCUAUGUAGCAUAUGUCUCCUAGGUAUAUGUAUAUCAGAAUGACAGACACGUGCUAUGUAGCAUAUGUCCCCUAGGUAUAUGUAUAUCAGAAUGACAGACACGUGCUAUGUAGCAUAUGUCCUCUAGGUAUAUGUAUAUCAGAAUGACAGACACGCGCUAUGUAGCAAAUGUCUCCUAGGUAUAUGUAUAUUAGAAUGACAGACACGUGCUAUGUAGCAUAUGUCUCCUAGGUAUAUGUAUAUCAGAAUGACAGACACGCGCUAUGUAGCAAAUGUCCCCUAGGUAUAUGUAUAUCAGAAUGACAGAAACAUGCUAUGUAGCAUAUGUCUCCUAGGUAUAUGUAUAUCAGAAUGACAGACACGCGCUAUGUAGCAUAUGUCCCCUAGGUAUAUGUAUAUCAGAAUGACAGACACGUGCUAUGUAGCAUAUGUCCCCUAGGUAUAUGUAUAUCAGAAUGACAGACACGUGCUAUGUAGCAUAUGUCCCCUAGGUAUAUGUAUAUCAGAAUGACAGACACGUGCUAUGUAGCAUAUGUCCCCUAGGUAUAUGUAUAUCAGAAUGACAGACACGUGCUAUGUAGCAUAUGUCCCCUAGGUAUAUGUAUAUCAGAAUGACAGACACGUGCUAUGUAGCAUAUGUCCCCUAGGUAUAUGUAUAUCAGAAUGACAGACACGUGCUAUGUAGCAUAUGUCCCCUAGGUAUAUGUAUAUCAGAAUGACAGACACGUGCUAUGUAGCAUAUGUCCCCUAGGUAUAUGUAUAUUAGAAUGACAGACACGUGCUAUGUAACAUAUGUCUCCUAGGUAUAUGUAUAUCAGAAUGACAGAAACGUGCUAUGUAGCAUAUGUCCCCUAGGUAUAUGUAUAUCAGAGACAUGAAGAAGUUACAGAAAGCAUUCUUUUUGUAAUGACAAUAACUAAAAAAUAUCUCAAUACAUUUUGAUAUUCUUUAUUUACAUAGAUGCCGAAUGUUAUAAAAGAUAGAGAAGAAAGCUGUAGCUCUGGCUACAAAUCCCAUAAGGCCUCAAAAGAAUUAAAAGAAUUUCUGAA